UUUGUUUCAGAGAUAUGAACUAAAAUAACUAGUCAGCUUUAUGAUGGACUGUCAGGAUUCAGAUUCCAAGCUUUGUACAAAUGAUGAUGGAAAAAAGAAUGUUGCCAAGAAAUUGAUAGAAAAGUACUACUACCAACUAACGAAGGGAUGUGGGAAAAAAUGUGAUAAUCCUAACUGCUAUUCCUCUCAACUAUCUCCUCCUAUAGACCCCAACGAGGCUGCAGUACAGGCUUUAAACCUGUUUAAGACGAGGGCCAGACUGUGUGAGACCAGUGAUCCGAGUAAACAAACAGAUGAAGCCAUGGAGAUUGAUGUGACCAAAGAACUGUUUCUACAGGAAGGUCCAAGUGGUUCUUGUCUAGGUUAUAAGAACCAACCCUCUUGGGCUUCAAUAGAUUUAUUAACUGCAUUUGAAUUAGGUUCAGAUGUUACUAAACCUGUCUCCAAGGAGUCUGGAUCUCAGGGGAAGAAGUUGACUAAGGAGGAGCUGAGGAGCCUGGAAGGGGAGAUGGAGAAGGAUGUGGACAGCAGCCAGGACAACCAGGAGAAGGAGAAGGUGGAAAAGAAUUCGUCUCUCUCCAUAUCACUGGAUUUGGAAAGUCUCAGGCGGUCGUUGGAAUCUCUAUUUUGUCUGGAUAACAGUAUAUUUGAAAGCGGUCUAGUCAAUGCUCUUGUUAUGCUCUGCUCUAACCUAUUUUACUAUUGUUUAAGGCGGUCGUUGGAAUCUCUAUUUUGUCUGGAUAACAGUAUAUUUGAAAGCGGUCUAGUCAAUGCUCUUGUUAUGCUCUGCUCUAACCUGGAGAUGGAUCUGAAGUGUAAACCUAAUAUAGCUCAGGAUUGCAACUUUUUAAACGUGUACGCAAUAAUAUUUGAACUUCCGACCCUUGGUUCAGAAGCAUACUUGGAGAAUGUAGUUCCUGUUCUUUGCCGGGGCGUGGCCCUUCUACCCCUCCCCUCACAGAUUAUUCUGGCUAAAUUGUGGGCUGAAUAUUCUGGAUCCAAACUUAAAUCUCUACUGGAAAACCUUCAACAGAUUUUGUCUCUAAAGGUCUACACUGGUGCAUUUUCCAGAGAAAGAAUUCUCAAUGAGGAUGAGACAAUAACCUCAGUUACCUCUGUGAUAAGAAUAUUGUACUAUGCUAGUCUGUUGGCUGGAGAAAGAGAGAGUCAAGAUUACUGGGACUCUACAGACCCCACACCCGGUGAUCCGGACAUUGAUAACUUUGCCGGUGUUCAUAUUAUUCCAAAUUCUGCCAGGGUGAAGUAUCAUGAUCCUAUGGGAGUUGAACUUGAAAUAUCUCCGCUAGAUGUCAGAGUUCCUCUUAUUCCUCUUGAAGAAUUCUACAAUGAACCACUUAAUGAAACUAUUGGUAAUUAUUUGUUUAGGAUCCGAAUGUACGCCGAGAGACGCGUAACAUUUAUCCAAUCAUUCCUUGGAACCAGUGAAUCCUCACCUUAUCUUAAACUUAGUGUGCGUAGAGAUCAUAUUAUAGAGGAUGCUCUUGUAGAGUUAGAGGUGGUUGUAAUGGAGAACCCCCAGGAUCUGAAGAAACAGUUGGUGGUGGAAUUCGAUGCUGAGCAGGGGAUUGACGAGGGCGGGCUCAGCAAGGAGUUCUUCCAGCUCAUAGUGGAGGAAAUGUUUAAUGCUGAUUUCGGUAUGUUCAUCCUGGACUCAGAAACUCAGAAUUUCUGGUUUAAUCCGACUAGUUACGAGUCUGAUGCUCAGUUUACUUUGGUUGGAAUCAUUCUAGGCCUGGCAAUCUAUAACAAUGUGAUCUUAAAUCUCCAUCUUCCAAGUAUAAUCUACAGAAAACUAUCUGGAAAAAGAGGAAGCUUUCAAGAUCUUAAAGAAUUUAAACCUUCUAUCUACCAGGGACUGCUGGAUAUGCUCAACUAUCAGGGAGAUGAUCUGGAGGAAACAUUUCUCCAACCUUUUCAGAUUUCAUACACAGACCUAUUUGGGUCAACCAUAGUCAAGGAACUAUGUCCCGGGGGAGAGGAUAAGAUGGUGACCAAUGCUAACGUACAAGAGUAUGUGGACAGUUACGCUGACUAUCUAUUGAAUGUAAUGGCGGAGAAACAGUUCCUGGCGUUCCAGCGCGGAUUUAACCUCGUGACCUCCGAGUCCCCCCUGGGGAUGCUCUUCACUCCUACAGAACUAGAGAUGCUCAUCUGCGGAGAAAAGGAAUUUGAUUUCAACGCUCUAGAGAGUUCAACGGAGUAUGACGGAGGAUUUACGAAGGAAACACCUUGUGUCACGUGGUUUUGGGAAACUGUACACGGAAUGAGUUUACAUGAUAAACGUAAGCUUCUACAAUUUACAACUGGAAGCGAUAGAAUUCCUGUAGGAGGACUUUCCAGAUUGAAACUGAUAAUCGCAAAGAACGGUCCUGACUCUGACCGCCUACCCUCAGCUCACACCUGUUUCAAUGUACUGCUUCUGCCCGAGUAUAAUGAUAAGCUGAAACUAUCAAACUUACUGAUGAAGGCGAUUAACGAAUGCAAGGGAUUUGGAAUGUUGUAAAUGUACCAACAGCAGCAGUGUGCAGUGUACUGCAAAUUGUACAUUAUGGUGCACAGUGUACAGUACUGCAGUAUUCAAAUCAGAUAUAUUCAAGGAACAAAAUCAUUUGUACAAACAUGAAUAGUAUUUAUUCGAUUUCUGGCUUUCUGGUUUUGUAUUUUUCCAAUUACAGGUUUACUAGUUCCCAACUACAGGUUUACUAGUUCCUAAUUGCAGGUUU